AUGGCUCCCGCCGUCGGUAUUGAUCUCGGUACGACGUACUCUUGCGUCGGUGUCUUCCGUGAGGACCGCUGCGAAAUCAUUGCCAAUGACCAGGGUAACCGCACCACCCCCUCGUUCGUCGCCUUCACCGACACCGAGCGUCUCGUCGGUGAUGCCGCCAAGAACCAGGUCGCCAUGAACCCUGCCAACACCGUCUUCGAUGCCAAGCGUCUCAUCGGUCGCAAGUUCUCCGAUCCCGAGGUCCAGGCCGAUAUGAAGCACUUCCCCUUCAAGGUCAUCGACCGUGGCGGCAAGCCCGUCAUCCAGGUUGAGUUCAAGGGCGAGACCAAGGUCUUCACCCCCGAGGAGAUUUCCGCCAUGAUCCUCCAGAAGAUGAAGGAGACCGCUGAGGCCUACCUCGGUGGCCAGGUGAACAACGCCGUCGUCACCGUCCCCGCCUACUUCAACGACUCUCAGCGUCAGGCUACCAAGGACGCCGGUCUCAUUGCUGGCCUCAACGUCCUCCGUAUCAUCAACGAGCCCACCGCCGCUGCCAUCGCCUACGGUCUCGACAAGAAGGUUGAGGGCGAGCGCAACGUCCUCAUCUUCGAUCUUGGUGGCGGUACCUUUGAUGUCUCUCUCCUCACCAUUGAGGAGGGUAUCUUCGAGGUCAAGUCUACUGCCGGUGACACUCACUUGGGUGGUGAGGAUUUCGACAACCGUCUCGUCAACCACUUUGUUCAGGAGUUCAAGCGCAAGCACAAGAAGGAUCUCUCCACCAACGCUCGUGCCCUCCGUCGUCUCCGCACUGCUUGCGAGCGUGCCAAGCGUACCCUCUCUUCUUCCGCCCAGACCUCCAUUGAGAUCGACUCCCUCUUCGAGGGUAUCGACUUCUACACCUCCAUCACCCGUGCUCGCUUCGAGGAGCUUUGCCAGGACCUUUUCCGCUCCACCAUCCAGCCUGUUGACCGUGUCUUGACCGAUGCCAAGAUCGACAAGUCUCAGGUCCACGAGAUCGUCCUCGUCGGUGGCUCCACCCGUAUCCCCCGUAUCCAGAAGCUCAUCAGCGAUUACUUUGGCGGGAAAGAACCCAAUAAGAGCAUCAACCCCGACGAGGCCGUUGCCUACGGUGCUGCCGUCCAGGCCGCCAUUCUCUCCGGCGAUACCUCUUCCAAGUCCACUUCCGAGAUUCUUCUUCUCGACGUUGCCCCUCUCUCUCUCGGUAUUGAGACCGCUGGUGGUAUGAUGACCAAGCUCAUCCCCCGCAACACCACCAUCCCUACCAAGAAGUCCGAGGUCUUCUCCACCUUCUCCGACAACCAGCCCGGUGUCCUUAUCCAGGUCUACGAGGGUGAGCGUCAGCGCACCAAGGACAACAACCUCCUCGGCAAGUUCGAGCUUACCGGCAUUCCCCCCGCUCCCCGCGGUGUUCCCCAGAUCGAGGUUACCUUCGAUGUUGAUGCCAACGGUAUCAUGAACGUCUCUGCCCUCGAGAAGGGUACCGGCAAGACCAACCAGAUCACCAUUACCAACGACAAGGGCCGCUUGUCCAAGGAGGAGAUCGAGCGCAUGCUUGCUGAGGCCGAGAAGUUCAAGGAGGAGGAUGAGGCCGAGGCCAAGCGUGUCGCUGCCAAGAACGGCCUUGAGUCGUACGCCUACUCUCUCCGCAACACUCUCAGCGACUCCAAGGUCGAUGAGAAGCUUGACGCUGCCGACAAGGAGAAGCUCAAGUCCGAGAUCGACAAGAUCGUCGCUUGGCUCGACGAGAACCAGCAGGCUACUCGGGAGGAGUACGAGGACCACCAGAAGGAGCUCGAGGCUGUUGCCAACCCCAUCAUGAUGAAGUUCUACGGUGCUGGUGGUGCUCCCGGUGGCAUGCCCGGUGCUGCCCCCGGCGGCUUCCCCGGCGGCGCCCCUGGCUCCAACGACAACGAGGGCCCCACCGUUGAGGAGGUCGACUAA